AAAAGAACAGUUGUGUUUUAUCAAUUAAGUCAAAUAAAUAUCAGUGGUAUUGCACAACAUUGCACCUCUUAAUAUCCCACAUAUAUUUAUUCUACAGUGAGAGGAAGAUUUAACGGGUCAUGAGUCUGGCUUGUCUGGGCAAAAACACUGUUCUUGUGCCUCUGUGUCCUGUAGCACCAGUCAGAUGAGAACAUGACUUGGGUGUGAGGAUCCAAAGUCAUUCUCUGAUCCCUUUUCUUCACUCUGAAUAUAUACAGCUCCUGCAGGGUGGGCAGGGGAGCGCUGGUCUUUUCCAGCUGUAUCCUGCGAUAACCUUCAUAAGAAUUCUUCAUGGACAAUAUGACAAAGAACAUUCAGAAACUUAAAUUUUCCAACCUGACAGAUGAGAGCUGUAGAGUUCUGUCCUCAGUUCUCAGCUCAAACUGCUCCAGUCUGAGAGAACUGGACCUGAGUUACAGAGACCUGCAGGAUUCAGGAGUGAUCCUGCUCUCUGCUGGACUGGAGGAUCCACACUGUGCACUGGAGAAACUGAGGCUAUGUUGGUGCAAUCUCUCAGAAGAAAGCUAUAGAGCUCUGUCCUUGGUUCUCAGUUUAAACUCCUUCAGAGAACUGGACCUGAGUGGCAACAAACUGCAGUUGUCAGAAAUUAAAUUGCUUUUUGCUGGACUGGACAACUAUGACUGUAAACUGGAGACACUCAGGUUCUGUUGUUGCAAUCUGAAAGAGGAAAGCUGUAGAGUUCUGUUCCCAGUUUUCAGUUUAAGCUCCACCAGACUGAGAGAACUGGACCUGACAAACAAUGACCUGCAGGAUUCAGGAGUGAAGCUGCUUUCUGCUGGACUGGAGAAUCCACACUGUACACUGGAGAUACUGAGGCUGUGUUUGUGUAAUCUGACAGAUAAAAGCUGUAGAACUCUGUCCUCAGUUCUCGGCUCAAAUUUCUCAAGUCUGAGAGAACUGGACCUGAGUAACAACAAACUACAGGAUUCAGGAGUGAGGCUGCUCUCUGCUGGACUGGAGAAUCCACACUGUAGAUUAGAGAAACUGGGAUUGUAUGGUUGCUGUCUCACAGGUGAGAGCUGUAGAUCUCUGUCCUCAGUUCUCAGCUCAAACUCCUCCAGACUGAGAGAACUGGACCUGACUGAUAAUAAAUUACAAGAUUCAGGAGUGAAGUUUCUCUCUGCUGGACUGGAGAAUCCACACUGUACACUGGAGACACUGAGAUUGUGUUUGUGUGAUCUCUUAGUGGAAAGCUGUAGAGUUCUGUCCUCAGUUCUCCACUCCUCCAGUCUGAGAGAACUGAAUCUGUGGGACAAUAACCUGCAGGAUUCAGGGGUGAAGAUGCUCUCCGCUGGACUGGAGGAUCCACACUGUACACUGGAGAUACUGGAACUCACACGGUGCAAUAUAACAGAAGAGGGUUGUACUGCUUUGGCUUCAGCUUUGAGAUCGAACUCCUCAUCACGCCUAAGAGAGCUGAACCUGGACUACAAUAAACCAGGAGAAUCAGGAGUGAAGCUGCUCUCUGAUCUAUUGAAGGAUCCACACUGUAAACUGGAGACACUGCACAUAAAAUAAACUAAAGCUUCUUGAAGAUUAGCUGCACAAGAUUAAAGUCCUCUGCGUUUCUCCCUCUGGAUUAAGGAACAGUUUAAUGAUGUAACAUGGCUGUGUAUAAUGCAUUCAGCUUUUAUAAUAGUGUGUGUAUGUGUGUUUAUAAGUGUAUAAAAUAAAAUAGGAAUAGAAUUUGUGUGCAGAGUCACUUUGGCACUUGUACAUGUGCACACACACACACACACACACACACCAAUAUUCUCCUUCUCUAUCUUAAUUGCAUUUAUAACAGCUGCACUUGCACACACACGAGAGGGAAUUCCUUUGACCUGGUCUUCUGAUCCCCCUCCCCUGCCACAGAUAUCACUGCUGUCCCUCUUUACAAAUGUGACUGUUACCUGGUAAACCUUUAACAUCACCCUUGCUAUCCUGCCUAAAGCCGACUGCAGAA